AUGACCGGCAACGCUUCGUGGCUGUUGGAUAUCGUAUGCGGCUUGGAUGGCGAUGCCGAGGCAGCAGAUAUUAUCAAUGACCUCCUUAGUCGUGGAAUGAAAGAGAAUGUGAACCACAGUGACGACGAAGGAAUAUCCGUUCUAGCUCACGCGUCGAUAAAAGUCUUCAUAAAAGUUGUCGAGUUACUCCUUAGGCUUGGAGUUAACGAGAACCAACGUGACAAGAAUGGCAAUUCUGCGUUUAUAUGGGCAGCAAUCAAAGGCAACGCGACGAUGCUCGAGGUCUUCUUGAAUGCCAAUGCUGGGGUAAACCAGUUUGCCUCCAAUCUCGACAUGAACCUCGUCAACAACAACGGAAACAGCUCUUAUCGCCGCUGCAGCUCAAGAGCUGAGUCGGUUGGCACAUCAAGCAAAUUCGUUAAGACGACUGAGGUUAUCCAGACGUACGUCGAGAACCAUUUCACGGAGUCUGUCAAACAAGGAGAUACGCUCUCCGUUCGACGUGUUCUGAGACCGAAUGCUGACGUCCGCGUUAAUGUGGAUCAUACCGACUGUGACGGCACUCCUUUAUUGAUACUCGCAGCUUCAAGGGCGGGCGUGGUGAAGACACUCGUGGACGCAGGGGCCAACGUUAACCAGAGCGAUCGCAACGGCAGCACUGCAUUGAUCCAGGCUGCGACGAAUGGUCAUGCUGCGAUUGUUAUGAUUCUAUUGAACGCCAAGGCUAAUGCUGACCUGGUUAAAUGCGACAAUGGGUGGACAGCUCUGAUGGCUGCUGCUCAUGAGGGUCACCAUAAGAUUGUAAGCAUACUGGUGCGUUAUGGUGCCCCCCUCGAUCUCGUUUGCCAUAACGAUAACACAGCCUUGAUGCACGCCAUGUCCAAUGGCCAUGGGGAUAUUGCUUUAGUGCUACUUAAUGCAGGAGCCGAUUUUUCGAUUGUCAACAAACAAGGAAAAACUGCGCGCGCUGUAGCAAGAUCGAACAAUCACUCCGAAGCAGCAAGAGUUCUUGAGUCUUUCACAACAGAUCCACAUUUUUUCGAGUACGUGAAAAGCGGUGAUAUCCACGCUGUCCAGCAAUGUGUUACCUACAACCUCAAUAUCCGCGAUACUGUCGGAGCAACGCCAAUACUCGCCGCUGCAACACAACCAAGUAGCGAUUCUGAAACUCCUGGUAUAUGA